AUAUCUUUGUAGAUCUAAAUGGCAGUAAUGGGAUUGGAAAGUUUAUAACCUAGAAAACUAGAAAGUUUUGAGUUUAGACUGAUGUCAUGUGUCACUUUUUUUAUUAGAUUCUUCAAUUAAAAUUCCAUCCUUUUCACUACUAUUUAUCCAUAUAUAUAUUUCUAAAGUGAAAGGUCAUUGUUCUUAUCAUCAAAUCAUAAUAUCAUAUAUUCAAAAUUAAGCACUACAAUAACAACACAAACAAGUCUUUAAGUAGGCCUACAUUUUGAAUAAUGGCACAUCACUUCAGGGAGCAGGAUAUUGAUGAGUUCAGAGAGUGCUUUUUCCUGUUUGCAAGGAACGGUCAGAUUCGAACCCUGGAUGAGCUGACUGUCAUUAUGAGGUCGCUUGGUAUGAGUCCGACUAUUGCCGAAUUGAAAUCCUAUUUGAAGGAAAAAGGUGGCAAAAUGUCGUUCCCCGACUUUCUGAAGGUGAUGCACACGCAUAGUAGGGCCGAAGAGAUUCCCAAAGAGGUGGUGGAGGCGUUCAGAGCCGCCGACAGAGAGAAGAGAGGAGUGAUAGCAGCCUCUCACUUGCGCCACCUGCUCCUGCAUUGGGGUGAACAGCUCAGCUUGAAAGAAGUUGAUCAAAUCUUCCGUGAGGCGAACGUAUCCCCCGCCCCCAAUGGAAUGGUCAAAUAUGAAGACUUUGUUAAAAUCGCUUGUGCCCCGGUACCUGACUAUUACUGAAAUGCCUAAAAUAUAAGGCAAGUAUAAUGGAA